AUGUACAUCAAUAUAAUCAUUGAUUAUUUUGCACAGCCAUUGCCAUCCGCCGAGUCUCCUUUCCUGCACGCAGUUAUUCCUCCAAGCUCAACAGGAGGUUCCCAAGCCAGCUCGGGCCGCUGCUACCUCUUCCUCGCCGCCCAACAGGUCGCCGUGCUGGGGGAGCAGGGUAGCAUCGGGUCCACAGGCUGGGGUGGAGGCCUUCCCAACUCAGACUGUGCGUCCUCCUCUUCGCCGCGUCAUCGCCCUGGCCAGCUGAGCACCAACCCGACGGCUCCGGCAUCCGAUGCCAACACAACGAGGUUAUACUCCAAUCAAACAUGUGAAUAUUUACCAGAGUGCUUCAAGAUCGAUCUGAUGAUCCACUACCGCUCUGCUGUUGGGACUAAUUUGGAUGGGAAUGGUGAUUUGAUGGUUGAUUAUGAUUACUUGGUUCUUGCUCUUGGAGUUACUGUGAAUACAUUCAACACUCCUGGUGUGAUGGAGCAUUGCCACUUUCUGAAGGUAGUGGAGGAUGCCCAAAAGAUUCGGAAGAGCGUGAUAGACUGCUUUGAAAAGGCGUCACUUCCUAACCUCAGUGAAGAGGAGAAAAGGAAGAUCCUUCACUUUGUGAUUAUCGGUGGUGGACCUACUGGGGUUGAAUUUGCUGUGGAGUUGCAUGAUUUUCUUGUCGAAGAUCUGGUGAAGCUAUAUCCUGCAAUUGAAGAAAACUCUCAACUCCUACUUGCGCUCCGCCUCUUCCUCCUUUUCAUCGCUCAAUAGGAGGCAGCUCAUCUGGCCGUGCAGCAGACCACGUCCUGAGCGGGUCGGUGACGGCGGUUGCAGCUGGUGCACGAUGGCGAUUCCAACGACAACAGGAAUCUGCAACUUGUUAGACUUCUUUGCAACCCCAACAAGGCCCUCAUCUGCUUUGUCUACAUAUAUGCAUGAUUUCUAUGAUUGGAAUCAGAUAGCACUAACUAUGUGUCAGACUGCUAAUAUUUAUUUGCUUGAUGAUCCUUGAAGCGCACUCUACGCUCAUACAUGAUCCCACA